UGAGCAGAGGGGCCGGUCAUGGAGACGUUGGUGCUGGACAAUGGCGCGAGUACAGCGAAGAUCGGCUUCAGUGACAAGCGAGUGAGUGUUUUGCCCAACUGCCAGUUCCGGUCCAGGACUGCACGUCUCAAAACCUUCACCUCCAACCAGAUCGAUGAGAUCAAGGAUCCCUCUGGCCUGUAUUACAUCCUUCCCUUCCAGAAGGGCUACUUGGUGAAUUGGGAUGUACAGAGGCAAGUAUGGGAUCACCUGUUUGGCAAAGAAAUGUACAAGGUGGACUUUCCUGAAACCAAUAUAAUCAUCACUGAACCGUAUUUCAAUUUUAACUCCAUUCAAGAAUCAAUGAAUGAAAUUUUAUUUGAAGAAUACCAAUUUCAAGCAGUCUACAGGACAAAUGCUGGGUCACUCAGUGCUUACAAGUAUUUUGAAGAAAAUAAAUCUGAACUGUGCUGCCUUGUGGUGGAUAGUGGUUACUCUUUCACACACAUUGUUCCUUACUGUCAAGGAAAAAAGAUGAAUGAAGGUAUUUGCAGGAUUAAUGUAGGAGGGAAACUACUUUCUAACCAUCUCAAGGAAAUAAUAUCCUACAGACAGUUGCAUGUGAUGGAUGAGACGCAUGUUAUUAACCAAGUGAAGGAGGAUGUGUGUUAUGUUUCCCAAGACUUCUACAAAGACAUGGAAAUAGCACAGCUAAAAGGUAAAGCAAACACUGUUAUGAGAGAUUAUGUGCUUCCAGACUUCAGCACAAUCAAGAAGGGGUUCUGUAAGCCUCUGGAAGAAAUGGUUUUCAGUGGAAAAUACAAGACAAGUGAACAGAUUCUGCGUCUAACUAAUGAGAGAUUUGCUGUUCCUGAAAUUCUCUUUCAUCCUUCUGACAUUGGUAUUCAGGAGAUGGGAAUACCAGAAGCAAUAGUUCAUUCAGUGCAAAGUUUACCUGAAGAAAUGCACCCACAUUUUUAUAAGAAUAUCAUUCUGACUGGUGGCAAUACCCUCUUACCGGGAUUCCGAGAUCGUGUUUAUGCUGACGUUCGAUCUCUUACUCCGUGUGAUUAUGAUGUAUCUGUUCUGCUACCUGAGAACCCUAUCACAUAUUCUUGGGAAGGUGGAAAACUGCUGUCUGAAAGUUCAGAUUUCAUGGACUUGGUUGUGACCAAAGAUGAUUAUGAUGAAAGUGGGCAUUGCAUCUGUGAAGAGAAAUUUGAUAUCUGAAAGUAAAAGCUAUGUAAAUUAGAGACAUUGAGUUGUUUUUGAAAAAAGAUGCUGCAGAUUGCACUACUGACACUUUGAAUAGAGAAAAGGUGUUUCUUAUGAAAUGAUGCUGUAAUUAUAAACUGUUUUAUAAUGAAUCUGAAUAAUUACCUUAACAGUGAUGUGUGCUCAUCUGACUGAGUCAUUCAUUGGACUUAUUCCUGAUGGUUUGUCAAAUGCAGUUCAUUUAUUUGAAACAGAGGUGCAAAGGGUGGAGAGAGGCCGACAGUGGGAACUUCCUGUGUGUAUUUUGAGUGAAAAACAUUGUAAUGUCAUUCUUAUAUAAAGUAUGUUUGUAAUUUCACUGCAUACCGUAAAAAGUAUUUUUUAAACUGUAUAUCUGACAUUUAAAGAGUUGUUGAAGUUUGUCCAAAUACUGUAUUAUAGCAUUGGUUUUGAAAAUGUGCAUAUU